CGCCAUCUUGCCGCUUACAGCGCGUACCGGAAGUACGUAUGUGUAUCAUCCAUAUCGGAAACGUGGCAGCAUACGGGGCGCUGUUGGCACUUGGCGAGUUAUUUUGCGGCUGCCGACUGUCUCGCCGUAUGGAGUAACCAAGUGGCAUACGAGUUGUGCUGUGUUAGAGGCGAAAAUAACAAUUACUGAUUGUGAGACGUCUUCUGCGUUAUAAUAAUGAAGUGGCAUAUUUUGCUCGCAACUGUCGCUGUAUUACUUACAGCUGUACACGCAGAAGAGGAAGAAGAGGCUGCUAGGCUAUUAGUCUCCAAACAAAUACUCAACAAAUAUCUAGUAGAAAAUAUGGAUAUAGUUAUUAAGUACACUAUUUACAAUAUUGGCAAUGUGGCUGCAUUUGAAGUUGAGAUCACAGACAAUUCAUUCCACCCAGACCAAUUUACUCACGUGAGCGGCGAAUUGAACGCCAGGAUAGAUCGUGUGCCACCUUACACAAACGUGAGCCAUACAGUUGUAGUGAGACCGCGCAAGUUUGGAUUCUUUAACUUUACCUCGGCUGAGGUCUUGUAUCGUCGCAAAGAAGAUGCUCCCAGACUACAGGUAGCUGUGAGCAGUGAGCCUGGCGAAGGACUUAUUGUAGCAUACAGGGAUUAUGACAAACAAUUCUCCUCUCACGUAAUUGAUUGGGCUGCGUUUGCUGUGAUGACUCUACCUCCACUAGCCAUUCCGUUCGCUCUGUGGUACUCGAGCAAGAGUAAAUACGAGAAACUGCUGAAGAACACAAAGAAACACUGAUCGCGUAUUCUAAGAUACAUCUAGGUCAUCUUCCGUUUUCUUAUAUUAUUAUAGGGAGCACAACUGUUCCACUAACAUACAUCUACUUUUGUAAUAAACAUUAUUUAUGAAAAUGAC